AUGAUCCUCACGCAGUGCGCCGUCUGCGCCACCGACCUUGGCUUAACCAGGGGCAAGAAAUGCGGCCGCUGCAACACGCGCUACUGCGGGGCAGCCUGCCAGGUGCAGCACUGGAAAGAGGGCGGCCACGACACGCUCUGCAAGACGAUUAAAAGGGCUGGUGGCGCGGAGCAAUACGAUGCAAAUAAGAAGUACGCGGAGGCCGUCGCGGUCGCGGCGACGGCGUGCGCGGAGGACACGAAAGGCCAGACGUGCUACAUCUGCACGCAGGCCCUCCACUGGAAAACGAAGGAGGGACUCGUGCGCAUGUGCGCGUGCCGCGGGACGGCGGGCUUCGCGCACGUGUCGUGCUUGGCGGAGCAGGCGAAGAUUUUGGUCGCGGAGGCGGAGGAGAACAAUUUGGACGUACAAUCGCGUUGGAAACGAUGGCACAUGUGCAGUCUGUGCGAGCAAGGAUACCACGGCGUCGUCAUAGGCGCGCUCGGGUGGGCCUGUUGGAAGACGUACGUGGGGCGGCCGGAGGCGGACUGGGCUUAUAGAGGUGCGAUGACUGUGCUUGGAAACAGUCUAGGCUUAGCAGGACACCACGAGGACGCGUUGUGCGUUAAGGAGGCCAGGUUGUCUAUGCUGCGGCGCCUUGGCGCACCAGAAGGAGACAUGCUCAUCGUGCAGGGCAAUCUUGCGAUGACGUAUGGACAACUGGGACGGCUUGAUGAGGCCCUGAGUAUGCGACGAGACGUAUACUCGGGACAUUUGAGGCACAGGGACCUAGGGCCGCUUCACCAAAGUACCUUGGGGGCGGCCGUAAAUCUUUCAACCUCCCUCGUCGACGCUGGAAAUUACGCCGAAGCCAGGGCUUUCACGCGCGAUCAAAUGGAACUGGCUAGACGCGCGUUUGGAGCUGAUCACCCAGUCACGCUCGACUUCCAAUGGGGCUACUCUAGGGCCUUUACUCUCGACAAAGACGUAUCUGCCGAACAGCUGGCCGAGGUCGCGACCACCCUCGAAAAGACUCUCGAAAUCUCGCAGCGAGUUUGCGGACGCGAGCACCCGCGGACUUGCAGUGUUCGCGGCGAGCUUACGUUUGCAAGAGAAGAAAUUUCGCGUAGGGGGGCGUAAGCUAGCAAUUUGAAAUCAACGAGUCAUAAAGUCGGCGAAACAGGUGUUUUUACACAGGUCGAUAUUCAUUCAUUCGGCGGAUUCAGGUCCGGACGCCGCGCGUCGAGCGCGGAGUUCGCGGUAUAUGCACAACGGUAUGUGCGGUCAGUUCAGGUUGAGCAGGGCGUCGGCGGCCGUCGACUCGCCCUUGGACGCGAGCGCGGCGCGCAACGACGCCAACCCCAUAGGAGGUGGCGGCGUCGUCUGCAUCGGCGUCGGCUCGGAAACGGAGACGCAGCGCUCGGGCCGCGUUUUUGGUUUUUGCGGCGCCGAGGGCGUCACGGGCGUCACGGCGCAGAGCGGCGCGAGGCGCCGCCGCUUCGGCGUCUGGUAGUCCUCCGGAACGGCCUCGUCUCUAGCUUUCGCCCUCAAGAGAUCGUCGACCCUUUCCGAGAAGCUCCGCCGGUUCCCGUUCAUCCUUAUUUUACAGGGCGACGGCAGCUCGUUCGCCGGCGCGUCGCCCGACAGCGAGUACCCCUCGAAGAAACCGUCCUCGGAGUCGGAGUCGAAGGACGCUCUCCUCCGGACGGACAUGGUGGCUGUCGUCUUCCGCGCGCGUCCGCUGGCUGCGUGUCCUCUGAUUGUCAGCGUCCGCGGGCUGCGGGGCGGCGACCGUCGGCGGCCUCUGCAGUUGACGGAGCGCCGCCGGCUCGCGCGCGACCUUCGAAUCAGUUGGCUGAUGCCUUAGGAUUCGUGGCUUUCGCAGCGGGCGCCUCCGCGGGCGCUGGAAGCGCGCGGAGCCCGCCCAGUGGUGGCGUAGACUCUUCGCGCAGCGUAGGGGUCAAAACCAAGGCGGCACGCGCCCUCGACUGGCCGUCGACGCAGAGAUUAGAGAAUGAUACGGACAUAAUCACCUAGCCGGCAACACACUAGCACGCCAUCGUAAUCUUUCUGCAACCGUGGGAGUCGUCCCAGAGCUCAACGCCACGCGUCCCGUAGCUGCGGGCCGACGAAGACAGCACCACGAGAUUCACGGUUGACUGGGCGUGCGAACGCGAGGCCGUCGCCGCGCCGGCCAGAAGCACGAGGGGCAGCCCCCAAUUUACCGAAGCCCAAGCGGUGCUCACGUCCACGCGGCAGCUCCUUCCCAGUAGCUCUUGCGAUAUGGCAGCCCUGGCCGUCCGACCGCACACAGCGGAAGCCCCCUUCGCGUCCGGCGGCCACUGGGCGGCGCCGGCCCUCGAUAAGACGGCGGCGCAGCUGCACCGCGACAAGCCUAAAUCGAGAACUGCCGCUCAUUCGAAUCUGUUGAGGAGGCGCCGGCAAUUAACGCGAGAACCGAAACAACCCGAUUCAGCCUUCAAGAAGGCGUAUGAUGAGGGCCUAUUACCAUUACGAGUGUGCUACGACCGCCUCCAGAACGGGCGGAGCGUGAAUGGAAGGAGUAUUGGUUGGACGGUUCCAGACGUUUUGACCCUCGAUUAUGACCACUACUGUCUCUUGUUCUGCGAAGGAUUGACCGAGACGCAGGAGCCUCUGGGCUUCCUCGCGGCCGAGGGGUUGAGUGAAUUGUUACAAGAAGGCGGGCCGGCGCAUCGAUGCGCGUCGUUGGCGCAGCGCUUGGCGCCGCCCCUCAAACAUGCUUUGAGGUCUCCGAAUCAAACGGUCGCCAAACGAGCUCUAGAUGCGGUCGUCCAGUACGUCACGUGCGACGCGCGAGAGAAAGGUGGACUGGGCGUCUGUGGAAGGGCUCUACCGUUGGAAAGCAUAGCGCCGGCCGUCGACGCGUGCAGGAGGCGUCACACGUCGCUCCGCUUCGACUGCGCGGACGUCCUCGGGACGCUCGAAAGAAACGGGGGGCCCGAGGCGCUGCGACGCAUCAAGCGCGGCGUGCUCGCGUACGAGUCCGUGCUCUAGGGUAAGAGUGUUACUGCGACGUCGUGACGCGGCGGCGGGCGUGGCGGGGGGAGCGCGACCGCGACCGGGAGCACGACCUAUUCGUGCUCCCGUCGCUCGACGAGGACCCGUCCCCAGCACCUCCGGGGAACGCGCGCGUCGCCGUCGGCAUGGCGGCGCCGGGGGACCGCGGGCGGAGCGGCGGCGUGGUGUCUCCCUUGGACCACCUAGGGAUAGCAUCAUAUAAUGAUGCUGCUCGUCGUCGCCCGAAGCACUCGACGCGGGCGCGUCCGAGCCGCUCUCGUCGUCGCCGGUAGAAGGGCGACUCUCCCGCGGGCGCGGCGAAAUAAUUGUCUGGCGGUACAAUCAAGACAUGCUGCUGCUGCCAACCAAGGUCCCCCAGGCCGGGCCAAAAGCGCAGGUGCUGGUUCCUGAAACCCUGGUCCAGCAGUUGGUUCGCCGCCUGCGUCGGCGUCAUCGUCGCGUGGCUGCCCCGAUCCUCGUAAACCGACCAGGACAGGUCCGUCGCGAGGAGCGCAUCCGACGCGCGCCGGAGGACGCCCCCGCGAGCACGAGCUGCGCGUCGGCGUAUUGCGCGUGAACGACGACGCCGCCGUUCUGGGCAGGCCAAAUAUAGACGACCGGCUGAGGAGCCGGAGGGACGCCCAGAUAGCGGGCCAUGGGCAGGCGCCGCACGUCCACGUCCAUCCUGACGGUGGGGCAGCCACCAGAGGCAGCCACGCGCGCCCGGGGCAGCCGCGAGCCCGAUACCGCGCGGGCGCGAAGAAGGGGGAUCGAAUGCGCGUCGAUUGGAUUCGCAGCGCGCCGUAUUAGGCCGAACAAAAUUAACUUCUCAUCAGGGACCAGCACUUUAAAGAUUACACAAGCUAGAUCAUAGACGUGCUAGGAACGCGCCGAGCGCAAGUUUUUGGGCCGCUGCAGACACAUCCGUGCAUACCGCAGCCCAGAAACGCAGCAGCGAAGCCACACACCCCAGUCCAACACGCCAGCCACCGCGCGCCGCAAACAACAAUGCUCGAAGCCGCAACGCAGACGUACUGGCUCACCGUCGCGGCAGCCUUCCUCGCCUGCGAGGCCUUGUACCACGCGUCGCAUUUCUGCAUCAACAAGACCGCCACGUCGCUCAAAGCAACCGACCGCGCGACGCUCGCCUUGAAAGUUGUGAACAUUGUCCACGCGGCGAUUAGCGGCCCCGUAGCAUUCUACUUCCUGUUCCUGCAGGGCGAUCCCGACGUGGACCACGCGGUGCAACGCGCUGUAGCGUUAGACACAAACUUCGCCCCUCAAUUAUUUUCAGCACAUGUAGCCGCGGACCAAGCACUGUCGUUAACUUGUUGGACCGUCGGAUUCAUGUGUUGGGAUCUGUACCGCAUCGGCACCUGGGCGAAAUCAGGACAUGGGGAAAAGAAAUUAUUAAUAGUGCACCACGUCCUCUCGAUCCUGGUCUGGCCCCUAGCUUCUCUCUACCGCGUCGCGGGCCCGUUUCUACUUCAUUAUGAGUACACUGAAUUAUCCUCACCUUUUCUGCAGCUGCGGUGGGUGACGCAGCUGUUUUUUGGGAGAGGUUCAAGGGCGGACAAGAUUAUGUCGAUGCUGUUUGCUCUUUCGUUUUUUGUGGUGAGAAGUACGAACGUGCACGUCGUGCUCCACGCGGCCUACUUCUCGCGGCAGUAUUCUCUUGAUUUGCAUCCCGAGUUGCCGGUGCACGUGCGCUUGAUCGGCGCCGUGACGGCGGGUCUUCCCGCUUUGUUGAACCUGUUCUGGACGCUCCAGAUCCUCAAGAUGGGGAAGAAGAUGCUCUUUCCGAAGCCGAAGAGGGCCAAUAAGAUUAACUAGUUACGUAUACAGUGUCGCGUCGGUGGCGUCAACCCCCACGCCGUCGAGCAGAUAAGCGGACGCCGCGCCCGCACAGUGCAUAGCGACCGCCUACGCCUCCGGCGCGAGGUGCCAACAAGACAAAGCAAGGCGCCUCCUCGACGUUUCAAGGACGGCGUGCGGGACGCACCGCGCCUUGAAGACGACCAAGCGCCCCGGGACCGGGGCGACGUCCCGGAUCGACGUCGCCGUCUCACCGGAAGCGUCGCCGUCGGCGCACCCCAGGAAGAGCCGCAAGCACCCUCCGUGUAGACACGCGUCGAAGUCCGGAUCGGUCAGGUACAAGAUAGCCGUCAGCACGCGCCCCGACUGCUCCCGCGAACUCUUCCAGAGCCAGUAGAGGUCGUCGUCGGAAGGUGGAUCGUGGUCCAGAUGUGUACGGUAGCCGCCUUGCUCGUAACGAGCGACCAUGCACUUCGAGGGCGCGUCUACGCGUUCGUAGCCGACGGCCGGCGCGAAUCUGUCACCGAGACCCUUCAAGGCCCGUACCGUAUCGCCCACGACGCCGUCUUCCUCGGUGACCCACCGCACGCGGUCGGUCCUGAUACUUUCUGACUGCAUGGUUUUGCGGUACUGGGCGUCGUCCAGCGCCUGGCGGAGCUCGUCGACGCGUGGAAACAGACCGUCGAUCACGACAUAAUCUUUGGCUUCCAGCGCUGCGACGUGCGCAUCGGUGAUUGCCGGCGCAUGGCCGGCGUAGCAUGAUGACGGUCGGAUUUCUGCCAUGGCUGCGCGAGUAAUGUGGCUCAGAGAGAGCACUGCUAUCUGCUACUAUCCCACACGCCGUCGCAUCGAUGGCGUCGGCUCCCAGCAGCCAUUGGGGCAGCCCCGCCGGCCUCCGAGCGAGACAAAAAAGGCACGAGCUUCCUUUGCGCUCGCCCGCGCCGCUGGCUCUCAGGCGCUGUGCGGCUGCCUGGGGCCGGGCCGGCGCUCUCCCGGCGGGUUCGGGUCCGAGGUAACCGGAAGCAUAAGGAAAGAUCACGGACGAACAUAGCUUAUCGGGGCCACAGGGUCGGCGCGACGGUCUAAGGCGGGGGCGCGGCGGCGGCGGGGGCUACGAUCGAGCCGCGGCGCCGGAGCCGCGGCGGCGGCGCGGCGCCCGGCUCCCGCAACGACGGAGGAGGAGACGCAACGGAAGCACCGUCGAAAUACAACACGCAACAAGCGAUAUCAUCAAUCCGUUCCUCCCGCUCGUACCACCGUCGAUAGGACUCGGCCACGAUCUUGUAGCAGGCUUCCUUCGGGGUCUUGCAGGACACACAAAUAUCAAUAACUUCCUGACUUGUCAGAAAUUCCCACACCCCGUCGGUCGCGAGCACGCAACAGACAUCUGAAGCAUCGAUGACGUGCUGUUGGACUUCCGGCGUGGACGAACACCCGAGCUCUUGAGCUGUAAAAUCACCUAAAGAACGCGAGAACGCCGUGCCGGGCUCGUACGCGUCCUUGCGCCACAGCCUGGGCGGGUCGCCGUCUGAAUCGAUUUCACUGCCGAGGUCGCAUUUCCAGAUAUGGUCCAUCGGUACACUACCUUCGAUCUGGCCUAUUGAGAGGACUCUUCCACCACUUGCUUCGAUGCGUUGCCGCUCGUCUUGUCUGUAGAGCGUCUGAUCUUUUGAUAGGGCUAUGGCUUUGAUUGAAUUGUUCUCUCGACGCCCGAGGACGCAUCUAGAAUCCCCAACAUUGCUGCAGUACAACACACCACCAUCCACGAGCAACGAGACACACGUCGUGCCCGAGUCGCGCGACUCGACUUUUGAUUUGUGGAGCGCACGGUUCGUUGAUACCGAGGCCUGCGUAAGAUGCUCCUCAACAGAACCUUGGGCGUCCUCAAAGCUUCGAGGCAGCUCCUCCAAACAGAACUGGGCGCAGGCGUGGCCAUUCGGACCGUGGCCGUCGAGGAUUAGAAACCACGGGUCUCCAUUUGUUUCCACCAUGCCAUACCUGUCCUGGCAGGGCUUCGUCGGCUCGUCCGCAUAUAACCCUCGGAAUACUAGAGAACCGUACCUGGCACUAUACGCGCCGCAGUCACACCGCAGCUUCGCUUCAGAUGAAGUGAGGCGCUGUCGUAUUUCGCGCGUAUCGAGGUAGCACGCGUUGAGCACCUUGUUCGUGAAGGCCGCGUCGAACAAAGCGGCGUCGUCGGCGUCGUCCAGUACUACUGCUUUCUUCUUCUUGGACGCGCCACCGCCCAUGGCUGGUGCAAGAGAUCAACUUGCACACCUAGCCAUGGAGCAGCUCAGUUCUCCCUACGAUUGCGCGGCGGAGCUCGGCCGUGAACGGAUGGCGCCUCUCGAUGACACCGCGCGCGCGGGCAGCGUCGGCGCGUGGUUUUAGAGCCUAAUAGAGGGUUCGCAGCACAAAAAAAUCAGGGGCAUAGGCCGAGCCCCGCACGAAGCGCGUCGACGCGCGUGGAUUGCCCAGAAGCAGGAGCAGGCAGACUUAAUCGUCUUAAGCAUCCCCCGGCGGCAACGCCUCCAGCGCCUUGCGGGUGGACUCGAGGUCGCCAUACGUCGCCUCGACCGUGGUCCCUAAAACACUCACCCGGUGUGUCUUCGUUGCAAAUCUAGCAACCUUAUCGAAGACUUCCGCAGUAACAUCGAGUUCUUCCAUAAGUUUCUCCUUCUUGGCGCGGUCGCUGAGCACGGCUCGCGCAUGUCGCAGGGAUUGUUCCAUCCCCAUAGCGGUCGGAUGUCCGCCACCGAGCACGCGCCUUGCGGCCCGCUCCGCUUCCUCGAUCGUCUCCACGGCCUCGCGGAUAUCGUCGAGUGAGGCGUCGGGGUCUCUGUAGAGCGCCACAGCGUAAUUCCACCGCAUCCUGAGCGUGGUACUAUCACUUUCUCCGAGAACGCGUCGCGCCACUGGCAUCGUCUUGCGCAACAGAGACCUAGCUUCUUCGAAGCGCUCUAGACGAUCAAGGGAGCACGCGAGGUUGCUGGCUUCUAAGAGAGUCGUUUCAUGUUCCUCGCCUUUGAGCCUCAACCAGCCAGAAUAUACGUCUCGCCGCAUCGACAGGACCUCUUCGAGCCGUCCAAGCGCUUCAUACGCGCCCGCAAGAUUGCCCUGCACGGCAAGCAUGCUGCCUUCUGACUCGCCGAUGCGCCGCCGCAUAGAAAACUCGGCCUCUCUCACGGACAACGCGUCCCCGUUGUGUCCCGCAGCGGACAGACCGCUCCCAAGAUUCUCCAUCGCAAGUCUCCGAGCCACGGCCGUCUCCGGCCGCCCCACGUACGUCUUCCAGCAGGCCCACCCGAGCGCGCACGAAACGACGCCGUGGUAGUGUUGCUCGCACAGGCUACACGCGCGCCACCGAUUCCACCUCUCCUGCAACGCUUUGCCGUCCAAAUUGUUCUCCUCGGCCUCGUCCCACAAAAUCUUCGCCUCCUCCGCCAAGCACGACACGUGCGCGAAGCCCGCCGUCCCGCGGCACGAGCACCCGCGCACGAGGCCUUCCUUCGUUUUCCAAUGCAAGGCCUGCGUGCAGAUGUAGCACGUCUGACCCUUCGUGUCCUCGGCGCACGCCUCCGCCGCGACCGCGACUGCCUCCGAGUACUUGUUAUUUGCAUAGUACUGCUCAGCGCCACCAGCCCUUUUAAUCUUCUUACAGAGCUGGUCGUGGCCGCGCUCUUGCCAGUGCUGCACCUGGCAGGCUGCCCCGCAGUAGCGCGUGCUGCAGCGGCCGCAUUUCUUGCCCCUGGUUAAGCCAAGGUCGGUGGCGCAGACGGCGCAGUACGUGAGGAUCAUCUUGUGUGUGGUCAAGUCGCUCGGGGGGCAGCCCUUCCAAGCUUUGGCUGGCCAAGCCAAGCCGGCAUUCCUAGUGCCUUGCUGCAGCUAGCUACCGGCUCGCGCCCACGACAUGGUCGGCCGGCGCCCACGCCGUCGCCGCGGUCAAAUAAUACUUUGUACUUGGGUCUUAGGCUCGGGGACGUCUCAGGGCGGCGGCACGACGCGCCGCGCCGGCCCCGCCGGGAACGCCUUGGCCCGGACCGUCCACGCAAACGCGGGAGACCGCGGCGGCGGCGGCGGCGGCAGCUUGUGCACGACGCCGCGCGCCGCCGCGAGGAACCGCGCGACCGAAUCGAGGCGCGCCGCGCGCGACGUCGUCGCCGGCGCGACGCCCCGAACCGAAGCCCAGCGCGGCGGUCGCAUAGGUCUCCUCGUUUGUACAGACCAGGCGAACUUCGCCUUUGCACGGACGGGCUCUGUCACUGGCGCCUUCGCCGCGUGGACGAGCGACGACCCGGCCGACGCGCUCGCCGCGACGACGACGGCCAGGACGCACGCGCGCACGGCCAAUCGAAGACCGCGCUGCGCCGUCGUGUUCGGCGGCGGCGACAGAUUUGAUAGGAGCUCAUGGGACGCGGCGACGUCGGCCUCGUCCGUCGCUUCCGUCGUCGGCAGCGGCGUCGCUGUUUCCGCGUGGUCCGCAACGAACGAAAACGGUGUCUGAGGCGUCGCGAGCGGCCGCGCCUCAACUUUAGCCUCCGGGCGCGGUAAUGCUGGCCGCUUCGGCAGCGCCGCCGGCGGCGUCGGCGGCACGGCGACGGCGACGGGCGUCGACGGCCGGUUCGUGAGGUCGCCGAGCGCGCGCCGCGGCGGCCUCUUCUUCGUUGCUUUAGCGGCGAGGACGUCCUGCAUGGCCCGGCCCUGCAUGCACUCGAGCCACAUCUCGUCGACGUACAUUCACCGUUCGCGCAGCACCGGUAUGUUUCGCCUUGUGCUCGGCCCACCGGCUGUUUCGCUUCAAGCGACGCGCAGCGCAAGGAGGGCACGUUAGCGGCGGGCUGCGAAGCUGGUCAGCUGGUCGUUUGCGCUCCGGCGUGGCCAGCGCGCUGGCUUCGUCGCGUCGAGCUGUGAAGCAAACGGGUUUCGCAACCUGGCCCCGAUCAGUCCCAGACCUCUCGGCCCGAGCAUCGGACCGCAUCCACCUCCCCGACACGCGUCGGAAGCCUCCCGCGCCGCGACGGCCAAAUCCCGAAAUAAACGGGUUCCUGGUGCAUCUGCACGCGCGCGCGCCCAAACGCCGCCGGGCAGCCCCAAAUCCAUCGCAUAGAUCAUGGAGGACGAGGUCAAGGAGCCCUCCUCACCCAUGGAGCCCGCCAGCCCCCAGGAGGGCCACACCAGGGAAGACACUUCGGCAGCAGUCGAAUCGGUGCUGCAAAGGGCCGCCGAGCAGGCGCAACGAAGCACGACCAAGAAGCGGUACGGCCCGAAGGACGCCUACAACGUCUCCGUCGCGUCGCUGAUUCUCACAGUUUGCGCGUUCUGCGCGGGCCUCGCAAUCAGCAUCCACAGUUCAUCCUCAGCCGCUCUGGGGUAUGCCCUCGAGAACGGUGUGGAUGCCAUCGGCUCCGUGCUGGUGCUGUGGCGCUUCUGGGGCGCCGGUGUCGUGUCCGAGGCGCAAUUGGAGUUACGAGAAAAGCGCGCCGACGUGGGCAUCGCUCUGAUGUUCGUGCUGCUGGGUUGGCUGGUGCGCCCGCGGCGUCCCUUCACGCCAUCGACGCGACUCGUGUCCAUCUCACGAUGACGUGGGUGGUGCUCUAGUCCAAUUUUGAGCCGAUUCGGACCGCGUCGAGACCGCGAUGCUCCGCGCAGGUGGCCAUCAACGGCAUGGCGACGCUCGCAUCGCACGAGGAGGCGGACAACCACUCGUUCUUGCUCGGGUUGUCCGUGCCGUCGGCGUUUCUCUUUGGUUUUCUUGGAUUUUAUAAACUAAGAAUAGCUCACGAAGUCGACUCGAUGGCGCUGCGCAAGGACGGCUUCUGUUCACUAGCGGGGGCUUGUUUGAGUUGCGGCGUGCUCAUCGGGUACUUUCUGAUGGUCGAGGCCGGGAUUUGGUGGGCAGAUGGGGUCGUCGCAAUGAUUGUUGGAUUGGUAUUGGUCGUGGCCGGUGCGGUGUCUCUGAAGAAGAAUGUGGCACUGAGGUGGUGGUCGCGCCAGUUCUGGGUCACGGAGGCGUCUCGGGCCGCCACCAAAAGACGAGCAAGGGCCGAGAUGAGUGACCUGUCGGAUUCUAGGGUGGACGCUCUGUCGCAAAAAGUGGAAGCGGCGCGGUCCGGGAUCGUGGUGGGGGACAGUAACUUGGUCUAGUUUGUGCAUCGUCUUGUUGUACGGGUUUUGGGAGCUUUUGGCCAGGUACGCUCGGUUUUUACUUGCUAGUGCCUUACCGCUAGCUCGCACAUAGCUCGCACACACGACGCGCGCGCGCUUUGGCGCAUUGAUGCGAAUUGGUUGGGCCUGACUUCGCAGAAUACUCGAAAUUUGAAUAUCUCGCGGCUGGCGCAGCGCGAGGCCGCGCGGAAUCGCUGUGGAAGGCGCCCAGCCAGCCUCUUCAAAGAGCUUUGGCCAGCAGCUACUGAACACGCGCCGCCUGCGCCGAGCCUAUAGAGCACGACGCCUCGGCGAGAUGCGUGGGGUGUCAGACUCGAUACUGCAGCGAUCGAUGCCUCCGCUACCACGCGCACCGCGGCGGCCACGACGACGAGUGUGAGGAGAUCGCCAAUGGCGGCGGCGCCGAACAACACCACGCCAACAAGAAAUACGAGGAGGCCGUCGCGGACGCGGUCGAAGAGUGCGCGGAGGACACGGACGGCCAGACGUGCUACAUCUGUCUGGAGGACGGCUCGGAGGAAGGCCUCGUGCGCGGGUGCUCGUGCCGCGGGGGGGCGGGCUUCGCGCACGUGUCGUGCUUGGCGCGGCAGGCGAAGAUCUUAGUGGAGGAUGCCGAGGAGAGGGAUUUGGACGACGACGCGUUCGAUGCGAGGUGGCGGCGGUGGGAUACGUGCCGCCUGUGCGAGCAAGACUACCACGGCGUCGUGUCUUGUGCGCUCGGGUGGGCGUGCUGGAAGACGUAUGUGGGUCGGCCGGAGGCGGAUGAUGCUCGGCCAUGGGCGAUGACUGUGCUCGGGAACGGUUUAUACGCUGCAAGCCACUUCGAGGAUGCGUUAUCUGUGAGAGAGGCCCUGUUAUCUACGAUGCGGCGCAUUGGCGCCGAUGAAGAUAUAUUGCUAGACGCGCAGAGCAAUGUUGCGAGCGCGUAUGCAGAUCUUGGUCAACUUGAGAAGGCCCUAAGCAUGGAGCGAGACAUAUACUCCGACAGUGUGCAGCUCCUUGGCGAGGAUCACCUAGACACUUCCAUAUCAGCCAACAACUUAGCUCGCACGCUUUGCGAGCUAAGUCGCUUCGAAGAAACUAAGACGUUGCUGCGCAAAACGAUACCUGUGGCGCGACGCACCCUCGGAGAGAUUAAGGACACGACGCUCACGAUGAGAAAGACUUUCGCGGAGGCGCUCUACAGAGACCCCGGCGCCACGCUCGCCGAUCUUCGCGAGGCCGUGACGACGCUCGAGGACACGGAACGGACCGCGCGGCGUGUGUUUGGUGACGCGCACCCAAUUACAGAAGGGACAGAGGACGAAUUGCAAGACGCGCGAGCCGCGCUCUACGCCCGCGGGUUGCCCUGA